AAAAAGAUUUGAUGGUGAUAAAGAAAGCACAGAUUUUUCUCCCGGUGGCUCUUGCCUCUUGUGCAAGAACAACAUUAAAGAGAGUUUAAAAAAAAAAAAAUUGCCGACGUCAGAAGAGUUCUUCCUUAGCGGUAGGGUUCUCUCUUUUUUCUUUUCUUUUUCAGUUUAUGAGUUUCAGAUAUCACACCAGAGAGAAGAUAACAGAGUUUCUCUCGUCCACAAUCUCUCUCUCUCUCCCCCCCUCGGCUCCGAGGUUUUUGUCGAGAGAGGAUGAUGAUGAUGAACAAAGACAUGUUGUUUCAUCAUCAACAGCAGCAGCAGCAGCAGCAAGUGAUUGCAGAGGAGAACAUGUCGAAUCUUACAUCUGCAUCUGGGGAUCAAGCCAGUGUGUCUUCAGGCAACAGAAGUGAAGCAAGUGGGUCAAACUUUGUCAUCAAUCCUCAACAGCAACAGUAUUUUGUUCUACAACCAGAAGCUCAAACAUCUCAGCCGCCAAAGAAGAAGAGGAACCAACCAGGCAAUCCAGACCCAGAUGCAGAAGUGAUAGCAUUGUCACCGGGGACGCUUCAGGCGAGAAACAGGUUCAUAUGCGAGAUCUGCAGCAAAGGGUUCCAAAGAGAUCAGAACCUGCAACUGCACAGGAGAGGACACAACCUGCCAUGGAAGCUGAAACAAAGAUCGAAGACAGAAGCGAUCAGGAAGAAAGUGUACGUAUGUCCGGAGCCGAGCUGCGUCCAUCACGACCCGUCGAGAGCCCUGGGGGAUCUAACAGGGAUCAAGAAGCAUUUCAGCAGGAAACAUGGCGAGAAGAGGUGGAAAUGCGACAAGUGUUCGAAGAGGUAUGCCGUUCAGUCAGAUUGGAAGGCCCAUUCUAAGAUUUGCGGCACCAAAGAGUACAGAUGUGACUGCGGCACCCUUUUUUCAAGGAGGGAUAGUUUCAUAACUCACAGAGCAUUCUGUGAUGCAUUGGCAGAAGAAAGUGUGAGAUCAAUCCAAACCCAGCAGCCAAACACUCCCUUGAUCCAAUCUCCUCGUCAUCAGACUCCACCCAACAAUGCAUCUUCUUCUUCCUCCUCUCAGAACCUAAUCAGCCUUCACAUUCAGAGCCUCGGGAGCUAUGGCGCUCGCAACAAUGGCAGUAGCAGCAGCAGUACCUGCAGUAACAACAACAAUCCCCAUGCAUUUCCCAUGAAGAAAGAGCAACAAAGCGACGUAAACCAAAUCAUGAUCCCUCACUGGCUCUCACCCUCAAACCCUAACCCUAACCCUAGCGGCUGCGGUUUUUUCCCUUUUGGUUCAGCCACCGCGACGGCCGCCUGCUUCCACCACCCUUCUCCGCCGUCUCCGGCCAUGUCCGCCACCGCGUUGCUCCAGAAAGCGGCUCAAAUGGGUGCUACGAACUCAGCUCCUUCUCCGACCGACGUGGUCAGGUCGAGUCAUAACCUCACCACGACAAUGGCGUCGAUGAUGACAUCAUCGGCUACGCCGCCACCUGGGUUCGGCUUCGCCGGCGGAAACAGCGACAACCCGUCUAUGUUUCAAGACUACAACUCGAUGGAUUCCGCUGCCGGAUUCGGUCGGGGAGAAGCCUUCGAAGAGAGCUUCGGUGGGUUCUUGGGGACAAGCGCGGCGGCGGGGGUGGCGGUUCCGGUGGCCGGAGAGAAGAACGGCGGUGGAGGAGUAGGAGAAGGGUUGACGAGAGAUUUCUUGGGGCUUAGGCCAUUGUAUCAUAGCGACAUUCUCAGUUUUGCCGGUCUUGGAGACUGUCUCGACGGCAAUGCUUCUGAGGAGCAUAGCCACUCACAAAACCUAUGGCAAAGUUAGGUCAUCUUUAUAUACAUGAAUAUGUAUACACAUAUAUGUGUCUAUAUAUAUAUGUUUUUGUUUUCUUGUAU